AUGAAUUUAUUAAAUAUUAUUAAACAUCUUCUCUACUUGACUCAAACUGAAUAUGGUUCCGAAAAUUUUUCAACAACUGCUGAUGAAAUUUUGACUGCCGAACGAUUAUUCGAAGUUUUAAAAUCUAUAAAUGUCAGCUACUUCACUGAACUGUAUACAUAUGACACUCUCGAACUCGACGAUGAAUAUGAUGAACUAACUGAUGAAGAACAGAGCAAUGAUGACAUUAAUGAUUAUAAUGACAAUGAGCAUUCUGAUAUAAAUGAUCAUUUUACAUUAGAAGAAAUGGAAAAAAUAGUCGAAUGGGUUGACCAACAUCCAAAUGCUGGACUUGCAACAAUUUCACAUAGAUUUAAAAAGUAUCCGUCUCAUCAAAUUUUAAAUAGCGAUCACUGUUCAUUUCAACAAGAGUAUAUUCCGCCAACAACUCUUUCUUUUACUGGUGAAAGUACAACAGAAGUAGUUGCAAGAAAGAAAUAUAAUGUCACACAUUCUUAUACAAUUCAACCAGUAACAUCAGCUAAUGGCCUUUUAUUAGACAAGUUUUUACUUGUACUUCAAGAAAAAGAAAAUACUCUAGGUAAAAGAGUACAAAAAAAUUUAAUAAUACCACCAAAUGUUGUAAAAAUUUAUGCUAGUGAGGCUAUGAAUGUUGAUGAAGUAGAAUCAAUCGAUUAUGAUAGUAAUGAUCAUAAAGAAACUGAUAAUGAAAAUGGUUGUGAAGAAAAUAAGAAUAUUAACGAAAAAUCUCUAUCUUCAUAUUAUGUUCGAAUUUUUAAAUAUUCCAACUAA